AUGCCUGGAAGUCAACCUGAAUUAACCUCCGAUGAGGAGACUGAUAAAUACGAACAACGAUAUGGCUCUAAAGGUAGUUCCACUUCGGCGUAUUCGAAGACGACACCAACGACCAAGUCGAACAAGAAUGGAGGUCCUCAAGCUAAAGAACGAAGAAGUUCUAGUGAUAGAUCAAAAGGGCAUCGACCUAAACAAGCUCAAAAACAAGGCCAAAAACAUCAUUCCCCUAAAAGACAAGGUUAUUCUUCGAACGAACAAAAAUCUCGAAAUCGAUCAUAUUCACGAAGUCCAUCUGCAACUGGUUCACACCGUUCAGCAAGUGACAAAUCCGAUAAUGAUAGUUAUACAUCAAAAUCAAAAGAUCGACAUCGCUAUGAAACAAGACAACAAGAUCGAUCAAGUGCGUCAUCAAAACCAUGUCCAAAAGAUCGAUCCGCACAUCGAGAUUACUCAGAUGAUGACAGUAGAGAUCGUCGCCAGUCAGCAACUCCAAACAAGAAAGAACAACAUGGAUCAUAUUCGAAAAAGGAGCAGAAAGAUUCAUCUCAAGAAAGAACCUCGGCGCGAUCGACCUAUCAACUCGAUAAACAGGAUUGGACCUGUUCAAAAUGUCGUUCGAAUAAUGACUCAACAGACAAGGACUGUUACAAAUGUGGUGAAGCUAAAUCCAUUGAUGAUGACCGACGAAAUGAUCGAGAAAGAGAAUCGCCUCGCACACGACGUCAUUCUCGAGAGAAAAAAGACCAUCGACGACGAUCGCAUUCACGAAGUCCAUCUGCAAGUGAUAGAUCCGAUAAUGAUAGUUAUACAUCAAAAGAUCGACAUCGCUAUGAAACAAGCCAACAGGGUCAAUCAACUGCAUCACCAAGACCGUAUCCAACAGAGCGAUCUGCACAUCGAGAUUACUCAGAUGAUGACAGUAGAGAUCGUCGCCAGACAGCAACUCCGAACAAGAAAGAACAACAUGGAUCAUAUUCGAAGAAAGAGAAGAAAGAUUCAUCUCAAGAAAGAACCUCGGCGCGAUCGACCUAUCAACUCGAUAAACAGGAUUGGACCUGUUCAAAAUGUCGUUCGAAUAAUGACUCAACAGACAAGGACUGUUACAAAUGUGGUGAAGCUAAAUCCAUUGAUGAUGACCGACGAAAUGAUCGAGAAAGAGAAUCGCCUCGCACACGACGUCAUUCUCGAGAGAAAAAAGACCAUCGACGACGAUCGCAUUCACGAAGUCCAUCUGCAAGUGAUAGAUCCGAUAAUGAUAGUUAUACAUCAAAAUCAAAAGAUCGACAUCGCUAUGAAACAAGACAACAAGAUCGCUCAACUGCAUCACCAAGACCGCAUCCAACAGAUCGAUCUGCACAUCGAGGUGAUUACGAUCGAUCUACUCAAAGGGAAAAACCUCCAGAUCAAUCAGACUUCAAUAAAAACCAAUCAGGUAAGUAUUACCAGAUGAGAACUGAUUUUUCAUCAUCUAUUUUCUCAGUUUCCGCCGAGUCUUUUGAAGCAUAUAUCUCCAAAUUACCAUUAGAAAAUGUGAAUAAUGAAGAAUUAGAAAAUAAAAUUAAGUAUUGUUUGAAAGAGAGACAUCGAGAAAAGAUUCGGGAUGUUAAAUGUAAUCAAGAAUUGGGUGUCGGCAUCGUUUCGUUAAGAUCUAAGAGUCAGUUAGAUCAGUUUAUUAACAUUCUUCAAUCGGUGACGCUUGAUGGAAAAUCUCGUCAUGAAAUCCAGUUUGCUGCCAAACUACAACUAACUUCUUACGUCGUCGUCAAUAGUAAAAUUCCGAUCGAUUUUACUGAUGCUUUAAGAGAAGGAUGGAAACAAGGGUACAAAAAUAUUGAUAUAAUUAAAUGUGAGAAGCAUUGUGUUCAAUUUCCGAAUAUAUUUCAAAUAGUUUCAACUGUACCAAAAGAAAUGAUCACCACUAUGCUCGUCCGAACAUUUACUAUCAAUGGUGGUCAUACUGUAACAGUAUAUUUCGGAGGCGAAUGCAGUUUUUUUGAAGAUUUAUCUCAUAAUACUACUAAAGAUAGUUUGGAAAAGGUGGUUAUUCCUUUAAUGCCAGACGGAAGCGUACAAAACUCCUCUUUCUAUAUCGAAUACAACUCCGAAGCUGCAAGCGCUGUUAUUGUGACAUGUGGUCGUGCACGUAAAUUUGUAUCAAUUCAUUCUGUUGACAUUGAUGGGGAAAAGGUGGAUCAGAAAGCGAUGCUUACAUGUCGUCUAAUUUUAGAACCUUGGCUAGAAAACUGGCAUAUGUCUUCAAUUAAAAAUCAUACUAUAUUUUCUGGGAAAGUGAAACAAGUUACAAUAGGUGAAGGCUAUGCUAUCGUUGAAAUUUCAGAUGAAUCGUUGUUUCAUCAAUUAUCACAAGUAAACACCGUCGAAAUAAAUGGUAAACAAAUAGAAAUGAAGGUGUUUAAGCCGGCACAGAAUCCAGAACAUUUGGAGAUCAAUGCUCUCACUUGGUACGAAACUGAAAUGAAGGAAUACGAAAAUGAUAUCAUGUCUUUUGUCGGUAAUCCUCAACAUAGAAUAUUCCGUUACAAGUGGAAUCCUAAGCCGUUUCUAGACCAAUUUCAACGUUAUGAUGAUAAAAACAAAAAUGACAAUCGAUCCGAAAUUGCUCCCUCAGAAUGCAAUAAAAAACGGCACUUAUUACGAAUGACAGUCAUGUUAAAUACUAUUGGUAUUGUGAACAGAGAUUUUUAUUAUGUGGGUGACAAAAAAAUUUCGAUAAAAACCGAUGAACUAAAAACAGUUGUUUAUAAUCAUCAAUCGAAAUUGAAAACUGGUGCGACCAAGCCAUUUUCCGAAGCAAUAGAUACUCCAUACAAGGAAACAUUUGUCGAAGUUGUUAAUGAAGACUGUCUUUGUUGUUAUCAAGAUUUGAUCAAAAAUUCGGAUGAAAAGAAGCUUUCUCCUGUGGUUCUAAAUAUGGCUAAUGCCGACACACCAGGUGGCGGAUAUCGUAGAGGAGAUGGAGCACAAGAAGAAAAUUUGUUUCGUCGUUCAAAUUAUUUUCGAAGUCUUGAUGUGGAUCUCGAUCCUGAAAAACCGACGAAUCGUUUCUGUUGUAAUUCAGACUGUAAAGAAGAAUCCAUAGGUAAAAAACCAAAGAUGUAUCCAAUGGACGAGUUUGGCGCGAUCUAUACAUCAGGAUUGACAGUGUUUCGUAAUCCAGAAGAUCAAGGAUAUUCUUUUAUGAGUGAACCUAUGUAUGAUGUAUGUGCAAUUCCAAUGGCUGCUGACCCAAAAGUGGAAAUUGACAAGAAUGGUCGCUUGGUUCCUAAAGAUUCUAUUGCUUUGCGGAAGAAAAUUGAAAAUAUCUUUGCCAUCGCUUAUCAUCAGAAACACAACUGUCUUGUUCUUUCCGCUCUCGGUUGCGGCGCUUUCAAAAAUCCACCGAAACACGUUGCACUCAUUUUCAAAUCCGUUAUCGAACAAUAUGCUGGAUUUUUCAAAAGCAUUCAUUUUGCCAUUAUUGAUGAUCACAAUGCAGGCCGACGACAUAACCGAGAAGGAAACUAUGACCCGUUCAAAGAAAUUCUCCAUAAUAUGAGAGUAAAAUCGAGCACGCAUAAAAUGAAUGAUAUGAUGAUCGGUCCAUAUCGAAUAUUGAAAGAAAUACCUGGAAAAGAGCUCACAUUAAGUGACAUUCGGAUAUGCUACUUGCAACCAUGUGACCACGGUGGUAAAUGUCAGAAUAUACGAGACGAUCAACAUCGUAGGAAAUAUUCACAUCCACCUCUGUGUCCUCUAACAGAGAUAGACAAAUGUCCAGUGAACGAUGCAGAUCAUAAAUACUGGUUCAGACAUCGAAGUGAAUGUAAAUUUCGUGGUGAAUGUAAACUGGUAAAUACAGAUGAAAUACACGCCCGAGAAUUGGAACAUCCACCGUUUUGCCGAGAUCGUGAGCAUUGCAAAAAUAUGAACCGUGAUCAUUUAGAAGACUUUCGACAUUUACCGUUAUGUGAAGGUGGUGAACAAUGUAGGGAUUACAGAAUAGGAACACCUAAUCAUUGUGGGAAAUAUCGUCAUUGCACACCAAUGUGUGAUGGUUAUUAUUUUUGUAGUCUUUUCCAUAAUGAAAAUCACAUGAUGGAAAGAAAUCAUCCAUUUCUCCUACCUUGCCCGUUUACACCAUUUCAUUGUCAACAUUAUACUUUAUUAUCAGAAUCACAUAACAUUAAAUCACUUCCUGCAAGCGUCCAAAACCACUGUCUCCAAUUUUCACAUGUUUGUCGAUUUGGUCGCAGAUGUCAUAAACCAUCGGACGUACACUGGAGAACAACUAUUCAUGUCGCGCGUGAAGUAUGCGAGGAGGGAGAUCGAUGCUCGAGAAAAAAUAAAGAAGAUCAUUUGAAUUCAAUGACACAUCCAGAUAUGAACGAUAUACGUCGUUUAUGCAAAUCGAGACAACGAAUGUCGAGAUCGACAUGA